AUGCUAGCAAGUGCAAAAGCAAUCCAGGCGCUAGGGAAGUUCGCGUCGUGCGACGUCGGAGAUGCGCUCGUCCAAAUAGGCCUCCGUCAUGGAGGAUAUCUAUCGGGUCUCAAAAUGUACAGUCCGGGGUCCAAUGGUACAGUGGCGAAGAUCUUCGGACCCGCCUACACAGUGCGCAUGGUGCCUUCAGCUGACAAGACCUCGCCAACACCGUCUUGCCAUUUCGCAGACGCUAUCCCCAAGGGGAGCGUGGUCUUUGUUUCGCAGCCAAAGGGCCUUAUCAGCGCAUGCUGGGGUGGCUUGAUGAGCACCCGCGCGAAGAAGCUGGGGGCUGCCGGAGUUGUCAUCGACGGUCGGUUCCGUGAUAUUUCCGAGCAUCAGGAGUUGAACAUGGGCCUUUUCGCUCGAGGAAUCAGCGUUUUGGGAUCCAAUACCUUUACUCGCUCGUCAGAGCUAAACGUGCCUGUUCAGUAUGACAAUGUCGAGGUCGAUGAGAAGGUCACUAUCACCCCCGGCGAUUACAUUCUAGGCGAUCAAGACGGAGUGGUGGCUAUCCCUGUCGCCCAUAUUGAAGAGUGCGUACGUCUUUGCCAGGAGCGAUACGAAAUUGAUCAAAAGACAUUAGAAGGUCUUGAGGCUGGCGAGGAGAUGGGUCCCUUAAUCAAGAAACUGCGGAAAUAA